AUGGGGAGCAGGUUUGUUAAAUUUGGUGUUAUCGCUCUCACACUCUCUCAUACUGGUCACUCGAAGUUAAACAUGGCACCUCAUGACAAAGAACUCUCUGAGGAUCUGAAAAAAAGAAUUGUUGCUCUACAUAAAGAUGGCCUAGGCUAUAAGAAGAUUGCCAAGACCCUGAAACUGAGCUGCAGCACGGUGGGCAACACCAUACAGCGGUUUCACAGGACAAGUUCCACUCAGAACAGGCGUCGCCAUGGUCGACCAAAGAAGUUGAGUGCACGUGCUCAGCGCCAUAUCCAGAGGUUGUCUUUGGGAAAUAGAUGUAUAGA